AUGGCGGCGAGAGGCCCCCUUCCCUCAGAGAGCCGUCUAUCCUGUUGCCUGACCCCCGCCUCGCGCCCGCAGCGCCGUCUCGCCGCGCUGUUUCCCGGUGCGCGGACAGGGUGGCGCGCUCGGCGGCGCCGGGCGCGGGCGGCAGGUUCGUGGGCGGCGGCAGGCACCGGCGCGGGCAGCCCCCUCUCGGCGCCGCGGCGCGCGCCUCGGGCGCGAGGACCCCAGGCAGACGGUGGGCUCAUCGCGCCGCCCGCUUGCCCCGUUCCGCUCCGCUCCGCUCCUCUCCCGCUCCCGCUCCCGCUCCCGCCCCCGCCGUGCCCCGGAGAUGCUGUCGGGGCUGCGCCGCCGCCUUCCUCCCCCGGAAGCGACCCACGGCGGCAGAUCCGACUGGGGCUCUCCAGGAGAUCGUCCCCGGGGACAGGGAAAAUCAUUGACUUGGGUCCAGCAAUGCCAUAUGUGUUGGGGUAUGAGCAGCCAAAGGCAACAGGCUCCAGCCCCGCCAACCGGCGCUGGGGGCACCUGGUGCUGCCGGUGGGGUGGGGAGACCAGGAAUGAGAGGAAACGUGGUGCCAGAGCAGGCUGUGUUUGCCUCUGAGGACAGAGAGCCUGUGGGCUGAGGUGAGAUUGCUGUGAGUGUUGGGAUGAGCAUUUCAGGGAACGGAGAGCUCGGAAUUCCAGGUGCUGAUGGAACCAUCGCCUUAGGUGUGUUUAGUUUGUGUCCGUGGGAGCUGGGAUUUGGGCUGGAGAGCUGUUGCUGGGAACAAAGGGUGGAGAAAACCUGCUCCACGGAUGUGUAAGGAAGGAUGAAGUAGCAGGGAAGGGGAGUAUUUCUAUACAGUAUCAAUAUUCUCCAUGUGGGAUGGAGCAGCAAUGGGGAUGGUUGGGUUUGGCCUGGGCCGGUCAGGAUCUGCCAUAAACAACCCAC